CCAGUGAGAACAUGUUGAGACUGCUGGAUGCAGCUCGAUCACCUUCACGCGACACUGGCCAUUAGUUGACUCACUUGCAGCGUUGAGUGCUGAUGAACCAAACUUUCUUCUGAGUUUCCACAGUUUACAGAACCAGAGAAAAGGCAUGGCCGUCCACCAGCAGCCAUCCCAUGUGGUGUCAGUGAUGACCACUACUACCCAAGGCCCUGGGACAUGGAGCACCGGCCUCUGCGAUUGCUGCAGUGAUAUGGGCACCUGUUGCUGUGGUCUUUGGUGCUUCCCCUGCAUGCAGUGUCAGACAGCCGGUGACCAUGGCUGGUGCUGCUGCAUGCCACUACUGGACGUCUGUUGUGUGGUGUCAUGCCUACUCCGCUCGUCCAUUAGAGAGCGCCACGGCAUCCCUGGCUCAUGCUGUGAUGACUGCUGCAAGUUGUACUGGUGUUACCCGUGUGUCUGGUGCCAGAUGAAUCGUGAGCUGAAGAUCAGGGGCAACCGUUCAGGCAACACUGCUGUGGUCACCACACAGGUCAUCAGGGGAUAACGCUGAGAAUAGGCAUAGAGCAUGUUUGCCGACUAUUAUCCUUAAUGUCCUAAUGCCUACAACUCCAACUGUGUACUUUUGCAAAACAACAUGACUUUUCACCAACUUUUAGCAGUUAGCACUGAGCACCUUCACGUUGUGUAGUAGUGAUGUGCCGUUUGUAUUGCUUACAGUAGAUUUAGCUUCUUUUUUUUUAGAAUUAACUUAGCUGUUCAAAGCCUGGAAUUCACUGUUGAAGCCAGACGUUUUGAGUUGAAUGUUAGCAUUUUAUCAUUUGGAGCUUUUGAUACUGUAUGAUGUCAGGUCAGGUUGCUACACUCUGGCUAAUAAAAUAUUGCUAUUUCAGUUAA